UUCAAAACCUCAGGCUGGCUACCUCCAACGCCCCCGACGCUAUGGAGGAGUGGGAUGUGCCCCAGAUGAAGAAGGAGGUGGAGAGCCUCAAGUACCAACUGGCCUUCAAAAGGGAGAUGUCCUCCAAGACGAUCCCUGAGCUUCUCAAAUGGAUCGAGGAUGGGAUCCCCAAGGACCCCUUCCUGAACCCUGACCUGAUGAAGAACAACCCUUGGGUAGAGAAGGCCAAGUGUACCAUUCUAUGAGCCUGACCCACACUCUGUAAGGCGUGACUUUAUAAAUA